AUGGACUCUAAUUACCCUGCCAGAGUGCGCCCUGGAUAUAGUCGCGAUUCCCAUCGUGCUGGCAGAGCUAACCAAGGAGCUGGUCAUGAUGAUAGACAACAGCAUCACUACCGAAUCCAACAAUACCAGCACCAAAGCCAACACCACCACCAGAGUAGCAGCACAUUGACUUGUUACCUCUGCCACGACACCAGACACCUUCAACGGAGUUGUCCACUACUCGCCCUUUGGAGAUCUGCCAUUGAGACACUUUCCCGCGACUGCAAUAUCGACCCAACCAGCCUCCUUGAACAAAUAGACAUCAGGAUCCUUGUUGCUGCUCUAGCUAGCGCUCUUCCCGAUGGGGAUGGCGAUAUCCUCAUGCGGUAA